GUCGGACGUCAUUGCGACAAGCGGCUUUCCUGGAACGGAUCAACGGAGGACUAUAGGAAGAAAAUUAUGACGAGAGUACACGACACAGGAGGACCAUUGACUAGCUGCUCAGGUCCGUAUAACUUUGUGCAUAUGUAGCUCAGGCAUUGCUCUUAACGAAUCAGUUUCCGUCGAGGUAAUGAAGAGUGGCAAGUGCUUUAUCGUCCUUGGCUUUCCCUACCUUCUCCUACUCAUCAUAUCUAGCUGCCUUCCUGAUCAUGUCACCUCCCUUAGCUUCAACUACAACUUCUCUGAUCCCGCCGUCCUCGCCGGCGCCGAUCUCAUGUACAUGAACGACUCUGCCCCCGUCCUCGACCGGAUCGACCUGACCAACCACUCGAGUUGGUAUAGCACCGGCCGUGUAGCCCACCGUCAGGCGGUGCGUCUCUGGGAUGAUAGCACCGGCAAGGUCGCCAGUUUCACCAGCAACUUCGUCUUCGCCAUUAAGCCCGCCGACAGCAACCCCAAGAAAGCUGAUGGCAUGGCGUUCUUCGUGGGGCCUUACCCGCCGAGCAUGCCUAAGGACGCGUUAGCCGGCCACCUCGGGCUGUUCACCAAUCGCAAUAUCCCGGGAAACAACUACACCACGCCCACUGUCGGUGUGGAGUUCGACACGAUCAGGAAUGACGACUGGGACCCAACUGGCACCAACUGCCACAUCGGAGUCGACGUCAACAGCAUCACGUCGACCCAGUACACGGCGCUGCCGGAUGGGAUCUUGAACGGGAUCAUGUCGGCGUCUGUCAGGUACGACGCUAAAGCGGCCACGCUCUCGGCCACCCUGCGGUUCGACGACCAGCCGGGGCAGAGCACGUACACGGUCAGCGCGAACGUCAACCUGCGGGACGCCGGUCUGCAGCAGGACGCGGCUGUUGGGUUCUCGGCGGCCAUCGGAGAUUACAUCGAGGAGCAUCAGAUUCUUUCCUGGUCGUUCGAGUCCACCAUGACCGAUUUAAAAACAAAGAACACAGGUCUAAUAGCUGGUCUGGUGUCGGCUGGUUUGUUUGUAUUGCUUACCAUAGUCGCAUGGCUCGGCUACCGCCUAUAUUUGAAAAGGAAGGAGAUAACAUCUAGAGAUGCAGAGAUCUCUCUCGAUCAAGACAUGGACAACGAGUUCGAGAAGGGGUCAGGGCCGCGGAGAUUCAGUUACAACGAGUUGUCGCGGGCGACACGGGGAUUCUCUAAUGAUGAGAAGCUUGGCGAGGGUGGGUUUGGAGCAGUCUAUCGAGGGUUGUUGCGCGACCAAGGGCUCCACGUGGCCAUCAAGAGGGUCUCCAAGAUGUCGAGCCAGGGAAGAAGGGAAUACAUCUCAGAAGUGACCAUCAUUAGCCGGCUUAGACACCGCAACCUUGUCCAGCUUGUUGGGUGGUGCCAUAAAGCCGACGAGCUCCUGCUCGUCUACGAGCUCAUGACGAACGGCAGCCUGGAUGCCCAUCUCUACAAUUCCAGAAAACUCCUAACAUGGCCAACCAGGCAUAGGAUCAUUCUUGACAUCGGUUCUGCGCUGAUGUACCUGCACCAAGAGUGGGAGCAGUGUGUGGUUCACAGGGACAUCAAGCCCAGCAACGUGAUGCUGGACUCGUCGUUCAAUGCUAAGCUGGGGGACUUCGGACUGGCGCGCCUUGUCGACAAUAGCCGCAGUGCGCACACGACGAGGAUGCUGGCCGGCACCAAGGGCUACAUGGAUCCGACAUACGCCGUGACCAGCAGGGCCAGCGCCGAGACCGACGUCUACAGCUUCGGAGUUGUCAUCCUCGAGGUAGCCUGCGGCCGGAGGCCCGCCGUCCCGCAGGAGGACGAGAGCAAGGUUGUACUCGUCGACUGGGUGUGGGGGCUGUACGGGAGGGGCACAAUCCUCGACGCUGUGGACGCGCGGCUAGACGGCGAGUUCGACGCGCGCAAGGUGGAGCGUGCGCUGGUGGUGGGUCUCUGGUGCGUGCACCCGGACUACAGCUUCAGGCCUUCUAUCCAGCAAGUCAUGGGCGUGCUCCAGUUCGAGGCGCCGCUUCCGGACCUCCCGCCGGAGAUGCCGGCGGCGACAUACGCGCCGCUGCGUGGAGGGAACGCGUCCAGCCGUACGUCGUUGACUGGGAGCUCUGGCACCCGUGGAUACUCGUCAACAAGUCACCGGACGGAGAAGAGCCGUUCUUUUGCCACCGCCGACACGACGAGCGAUGACGGCAGGCUAGCGAAUCAGACCGCCGGCACGGAUGAGAAUGUUCAGAUCAGGAACUACACUUCCUAGCAUGAUAUGUUUCUUCUUAUAAGAACUACACUUGCGGUUAGCUUGUUCGGUGCAGGAACCUACACUUGCUACCAAGAUGUUUCUUGACCUGAUGUUAACCCAGGGAUGAUUAUCCUGGUGUAUUUCUUAAAUAACACCUGAGAUUUUUUAAUUAAAUUUUCAGAAAAGUUUA